AUGAGUGACAGAUACUCGGUACCUUGCGACAAAUCGCUUGACAAGCUCAAGUGUCGAUGUGGAACGCCGCCCAGGAUCUGUGCGAGUCCCGCGGACCGUGGCGACAGCCUGGCAACAAGAGAGCGGCCACAGGAAGCCGAAAUGGAUCUUACUUUGAAAACCCAUCAUCCCGCAUCCGUUAGGCAUUCGUUAUUUCAUCAUUUAUCAAGCAAUCAUCAGCAGCAGGAUAUUGUGCAAACCAUGGACGAGCCUUUGGAUGUCACUCUCAACAGCAGCAAGAAUAACUAAGAGACAUUC